AGCUUGACAAUCUCCAUUUUGUGAGAGCAGAAGAAGCAGAGCCGAGCGUCGUCCCAGUUAAAAGGCAAAACCUAGAACGACUUAAAAAAAAGCCAGUUAGCCGACAAACCGCUCGCUAACCAAGUUAUCAUCCGAAAGUAAAGCAAAUCUUAUCGUAUGUCCGGUAUCCAGAACCUCCAAACUUUUGACCCCUUUGCUGAUGCAACUAAGGGUGAUGACCGCCUCCCAGCCGGGACAGAGGACUACAUUCACAUAAGAAUCCAACAGCGGAACGGCAGGAAGACCCUCACCACUGUUCAGGGCAUUGCUGCCGACUAUGACAAGAAGAAGCUAGUCAAGGCUUUCAAAAAGAAGUUUGCUUGCAAUGGGACAGUGAUUGAGCAUCCAGAGUAUGGUGAAGUGAUCCAGCUUCAGGGAGACCAGCGUAAGAAUAUCUGCCACUUCAUCAUGGAGGUUGACCUGGCCAAGGAGGAGCAGCUCAAAGUCCACGGCUUCUAGAAGCUGCUAGCAGCCCUCUCCCCCCCUUCGCUCCUGGAAGGCCAUUAAACUCCCCCCUCACUCUCCUCCCCUCCUCCUAUGUGCUGCUGUUGCUCUUCCUCUCCCCCUUGCAGCCCCACCAGCUCCUGUUAGCUAACACGUGAAUUACCUCUGACAAACAUGGGACUCUGUAACACCAUCGCCCACCCUACAACACCAGGGGGCAGGCUCAUUCUCACAAAGACGCACCACUGCAGCUCCACACAACAUCAGGGAUGAGUGGUGAUGACCCUCCCACACACAUUUGCUCCUUCCUUUCCCCCUUGUUUAUUUCCUUUUUUAAUUUUUCCUUUUUAGGUUGUGGUGCCACAAUAACGACGCACCAUUUCAUGUAACUUUUUUGUUUUGUACUUUAAAGGUGUUUCAAUAAAACAAUGAGUGUCCAUA